GCCUUCUGAACGGGUGAAUGACGAAUGUCAACGCAAAGCGUGUAGUAAACGAGUGUAAUAAUAGAAGGAAAAGUGCAAAAAUCCCAGUUCAAUGCAAUAGUGAACAUAAGAAGUGUUAAAAUCAUUUGAAAUUUUAUUCAAAAACACUUUCGAAUUUCGUAAAAGUACACAUUUGCAGGGCCUAGUUAUAAUGCACAAAAGGAGUUCACGUUAAGUGUAACGUAUUUACAAAAAUAUUAGUUGUGUGAUAAGCGAUCGCGCGUUUUUGUGUAUUUGGUGCGUUUUUGUUUUUUCGGACAAACUUUUAGAAUAUACGUUCAUACUCAUGCCCUUGCGUUUGUAUUUCAUUUACUACGAACUGUUUUCAAGUGUAAAGUGAUGAAUUAAAAACUACGUAAAUUAUUUAUUAUCACUGAAUUCACUACGAGUUGAUGAUAAUUAUAGUGACCGUAUUGUGUGGCGUUUGGGCCAACCGUUGGCCACGGGUAUAGUGACUUGCUCGUGUUCCAUUCAUCUAAGUAAUAAAAGCCACAUAUGAAAGUACUAUGUUGUUGCCAAAACUUCAUUAAACUUGCUAAAAACUGAAUUUUGAAAUCAAAUUGUGAAAAGUUUAAAUAUUAAACAACAAAAAUAACACUAUCGAAAUGGAUUCAAGCACAAAUAUUGAUACCCUCAAUGAUACAGCGCCAAUGCCGGAAUUGAGCUUUGAAGAUCUACUGGAUGAUUCACCAGUGAAGAAGACAAUUGGCGUUGUUGAUGACCCCUUAGAGAUCGAUGAAGAGUUCAGCGCCAUAAAAAAUGAUACGCUAAAUACGCCGGGACCCAAAAAACCACCAGUCAUAUCUACAUCAACAACAACAAAUUCAUCAAAUACGGCAAAAUCCGCAACGGACAAUGGCACUAAAGCAACAACAGCGCCAGUUGUGCUGAAUAGCAGAAAUAUUUUACCAAAAUCGGUAACAAUCAGCAGUCAAUUGGUCAAAAUUUCACCGAAAAUCAUAGCGACGGCAACAACAACACUAGCUAAGAGCUCAACGCCAGUAGUGGCUGCUAUACCGGCGACUAGCGCCAAAAGAGCUAUAAAGACACCAAAUGGACAAAUAGUUUAUAUACAGAAGAAAGCAACGAGCACAGCAGUUGGUGGCGCAACACUCAUAAAUGCCGCAGCUAGCAAUACAACGGCUGGCGUAACAACUACAGCGACUGCGAAUAGCAAUAAAACCGUUGCCUUUAAACUGAUGCGUACUACCGCUGGUGGUGGUUUGGUGCCCACUAAAAGCACUAUGGCAAUUGCAACUACUGCGUCAGGAGCAACCACCGCCACAAACACAACAGAAGCAACAAUCAAGAACAAGCUUACACUAUCACCAACUAUUGCGAAACAAUUGCAAGGCGCUAUCGGCGCUAAACGUGUCAUCUCCACUUCAGGCGGACAGGUUGUCAUCAAAUCGUCUACAGCCACCACCGCAGCUUUGGUGGCCACCACCAAUGCGGCGUCUAUGAGCCGGACAACAACUGCAACUACAACAGUGGCAAACACGGCAACAUAUCGCUUACAAACGGGCGGUGCCACUACUAGUAAUAGCAGCGCAUCAACCAAUACAACUAACACCAAUAAAGGUGUUCUCCCGGGUCACAAAAUAAUCGUACAAUCUGCCAAUGGCAAGCAAAUCUUAGUUUCCCAACAGCAAUUGAUCAAGUUGUCGCCAAAGCCCAUCACACUUGGUGCCAAUACAAGCGCCACAUCGUCAGCCACAGCUAGCAGUACGGCCACUAGUGCGACAACAAGCAACACCAGCGCCACGAACACACGUCAACUGCAGACUAUACAAUUGCCGGGUAAACAAGUGCAGUACUUGCGCGUGUUGCCGCCGAAGAGCAGCACCGAUAAUAGCGGCAGUGUAGUGUCAUCAGCAACAACAACAACCGCAUUGGCAAGUAGUGCGUCAGCGGUGAGCGGCACGCAAAGCAAUACAAGCACGACAACUUCGACAUUCAGAAUAUUGAAUGCCAGCGGCGUGCCGUCCAAGUUCACCGUGGUGCGUCCAAGUCCAACGGGCUCUACCAAGGUGAUACUAACGCAGUCGCCCAAGAAGGAGAGCGGUGUGCCGGUAACAUUUUCGCCGAUCACUUCGAAAGUGCAAAAGACUAUAGUUACGAUGCCGAAUUUGCGCGCUUUAGGCGAUGGCCAACGCACUCAAAGUGUCACCUCCACUACCAAUAGCGCCACCGCCAAUGUCAUGUCAUCCACUACAGCGCAAUUGGUCAAUACCAAUGCUGGCCAAUCGUUGAUCAAGAGUAAUGUUAAUGCGACGAGUAAUGCUACGGCUGGUGCCACAACGCUAAUACGUAAACAUAAAAUCUCCGAAAUCAAUUCGGAACUGAAGCGCAUAACAACAACAACAGUGACAGCGGCCGCUGCGAUGGAGGAUGACAGCGUAGAUAUGGAUGCGCCGCCCGAGGCGAAACGCUUGGCGAGCGGCAGUCACAUUUUUAUGUUGCCCCAUUCAAUGUUACGCACUACAGCUGGUGGACAAGUGCGUCAGGUUACGUUACAGUCAAAUGCUGGCUUAGCGGCGGAGAGUAAUAACGGUGAUGGUCAAGUGGCAAUGCGUAAAAUAACGCCACAACAACAACCACAAAUGCAAAGUAUACUCAAAAGCAAUAAUAAUUUUACGCCAUCAGAAUCGUCUUCCGGACAGAAAUCAUUAUUAAUUAAUGGUAAGGCACAGUCGCUGCUUGCGCAGCAACAGCAACAAAAUAAAACGUUACAAUUAAAGCGACAAUUGCAACAACAACAACAGCAGCAGCAACAACAGAAAUUGCUGCAACAAAAGAAGCAAGAGCUAUUAGAGCAACAACAAAGUGACAAUGCAAAAUUGCCAACACAACAGCGUAGCGCGGCGACAAGUAACAGCAACAACAGCAGCACCACCAACAGCAAUCACAACGCGAAUAGCGCUUUAUUGAAUUUUAAAAUUAAAUUGGAACCCGUUGAGGACAAACAGGAGAGCAAUGCGUUGGAUUUGCUGCCGGAUGCGGCGAAUGGUGGUAUACGGCGUAAACAUUGCAACUGCAGCAAAUCACAGUGUUUGAAAUUGUAUUGCGAUUGUUUUGCCAACGGUGAAUUCUGUCAAGAUUGUACGUGCAAAGAUUGCUUCAAUAAUCUAGAGUAUGAGGAUCAACGGCAGCGGGCAAUUAAAAAUUGUCUUGAGCGAAAUCCCAGUGCAUUCAAACCGAAAAUAACCACCUCACGCGAACAAGGCGAUAUGCGACAUAACAAAGGCUGCAACUGCAAGCGAUCCGGUUGUCUGAAGAACUAUUGCGAAUGUUAUGAGGCGAAAAUACCCUGCUCCUCCAACUGUAAAUGUAUCGGUUGUCGUAAUAUCGAAGAACGUCCCGAUUUGGACAUGGAUCCCAUCGAUCCGAAACUUUUGGCCACCAUUGCAAGUGUCUCACUACCAACUGGCACACAGAAACGCGCCUACGAUAAGAGCGCCAACAACAAACCGGUGUCUUCUAGUCUAGGCAAUGAUAAACUCCUUAAAGACACGGCUAAAGCUUUAGCUAUGGGCAAUGAAUUGUUAGCGGGACUCGCUGGCGCUGGCAACAGCAUUGCUGGCGGUAGUAGUGGUAGCGCCAGCAAUGGCACUGCAGCCGGCCUGGCUGCUGGUACAGCGUCGGAGAAGCAACAAUGCAAUUUUAUUACACAAGAAGUGGUCGAUGCCACCAUACAGUGCAUGAUCUCGCAGGCGGAUGAAUGUGAAAAGAAUGGUUUACCCGCCUAUCAAACCGAAAAGAUGGUUAUGGAGGAGAUGGGACGUUGUUUGGUGGAAAUUAUCGAUUUCUCCAUACGCAACACAGAUACGAGUUUCACACAAGACUAAGGACACUAGGUGUCUGCGUGUGGUGUAGUAGGCGUAGAAUUGUUAAGAUGCGUAGGCCUGCGCAUUUUUAUAAAUAGUUGCAUUGAGUGCAUCCUUACUAAUACACAAACAUAUAUAAAAUAAUAAAAAUAUAAACAAAUAUUUAUGUUGAAAAUGUUGCAAAUAAAGUCAGAACCAACAAUUAGCAGCUGCUUUGUAAAUAGGGUAUAACGCCAAUUUCUUCGUUUAUUUUUUUUUCACUAUACUACUAAUAUCAAGUGCUUUUGCUAAGCGACAAGUAGUCUUAAGGCGGUAAUUGUUUGUUCGCAAACAAUUUUAGUACAUUUAGCAAUAGCAAAAAAGUCACUUAGCAUUAGAUUGAUUGAUUUAAAAUAUUUGCGCUGCAUUCGUGCGCUCGUGCAUGUUUCGUGCAUACGAACAAAAUGGUGGUUAAGCAAAUAAAGUUUUUUCUUUAUUUAUUUUGCAUUAAGUUAUAAAGUUUUGCACUCUUUUUUUCUAUUUGUUAAAUUUUGAAAUGUGUGUUCGACAUUUUUGAAGAGCAACAAAUAAUUUUUUUUUCACUUUUUAAUUUAGUUUUAAUUAUAUUUUUUAUUUAUGCUUAAGUUUAACGUAUAACGGUAUAUAGUUUUAACGAUGGUUUAUUAUACAAUUUUUGUUGCCUUUUUUUUGUAGUAACAACAACGCAGCGUAGCAAGCAAAAUGUUCAAAGCGUGCUUUUUUUAUGAGUUAUGCAAGCAUACAUAUAUUUUUUACAUACAUACAUACAUAUAUAUUUGUUUAUAUUUAAUUUACACACAUGCAUAACUAUACGAUUUAAGAAAAAUAAAUAAAAAAAAACACCGUUAACACCAAAAGGUAUAGUAAGCAAUGUUUUAUAAAUAUGUACUAGAUAUAUAUGUACAUAUAUAUGUAAUUGAAUAAAAUAUGAAACAAAAAACACACCCUUUAUGUAACAAAUUCAAAAUUUGACGUCUCCUCCCAAAGGUAAAUAAUGUAACUUCAAGACGUGAUGAAUGUAGUUAUAUUAGCACUUAAGUACUACAAUUGUAUAACUUGACACCCAUUGUAAAUAAAGGCUAAUAAUUUGAAAAAUAUAUAAAA